CGCAACUGUCUUCAGAUAAACACCACAAGAGACGGCAUUUUUCACAUCUUGUGAUGUGAUGGUGCUGGAGACAUGCAGCCUUUGUGCACACAUACACUAGCUUUUUGGAUGGCGAGAUAGAAAGGUUUUAACUUACAGACAAGGGGUUGUUUUUUUGUUUGUUAUUUGCGUUAUCAGAGUGUGAAAAUGCGCGGACGCGUGACAGGCCAGGCCAUGGAGCUGCUGGGCAGCGGCGGCUCCAGGAUCAGCGUAGCCAGGCUCUUUCUAUCCCCGUCAGCUAAAGCCUCCGCUCCGCAGUCGACCGGCAUCGACAAAAGAUUUCGAUCUACAUCGUCCAUGUCCAGUUACACUGAGCUGGCUCGGGAGCGGUCCAAAACCGUUACGUCUUUUUACAACCAGUCUGCCAUCGACGCAUCUGCCGAGAAGCCUUCUGUCAGACUGACACCAGCCACAAUGCUGUAUGUUGGGAAGUCUCCUGAUGGACAACAUAUCCUGAGCAGUGCCAAGUAUCUGCACAAAGAGCUGCCUGUCCGUAUCGCACAUCGCAUUAAGGGCUUCCGCAGCCUUCCCUUCAUUAUCGGCUGCAACCCAACCAUUCUCCAAGUGCACGAGCUUUAUAUCAGGGCCUACCACAUGCUGAGCGACUUCCCAGCUAUUAAAGACCAGGAGACUGAGGCUCGCUACAGCAAACUUGUAAAACAGCUUCUUGAUGAUCACAAAGAUGUUGUCACCAUGUUAGCUGAAGGAUUCAGGGAAUGUCGUAAACACAUUUUGGACGAGACUCUGGUUCGCAAUUUCUUGGACACGACGUUGACGUCUCGUCUUGGCAUUCGCAUGUUGGCCACACACCACAUUGCCCUGCACGAGGAGAACGCUGACUUUGUUGGCAUUAUAUGCCGCCGCCUGUCGCCUAAAAAGAUCAUCGAGAAGUGGGUUGACUUUGCUCGACGGCUCUGUGAGCAUCAGUAUGGGAACUCUCCACGCGUUCGCAUCAACGGCCAUGUGGCGGCCCGCUUUCCCUUCAUUCCACUGCCGCUGGACUACAUCCUGCCUGAGCUGCUGAAGAACGCCAUGAGGGCCACCAUGGAGAGUCACUUGGACACCCCUUACAAUGUGCCUGAUGUGGUGGUCACAAUUGCCAACAAUGACACUGACUUUGUCAUAAGGAUCUCCGACCGUGGUGGUGGCAUUCCUCACAGCAUUCUGGAUAAGGUGAUGGAUUACCACUUCAGCACAGCUGAACAGAGCACACAGGAUCCUCGCAUGAGCAACCUUUUCGACAGCAUAACCAACAGCGGCCCCCAGUCCGGACCCAUGCAUGGGUUUGGCUUUGGCCUGCCCACAUCCCGAGCGUACGCCGAAUACUUAGGAGGUUCUUUGGCCAUCCAGUCGAUGCAGGGCAUCGGCACAGACGUCUACCUGCGCCUCCGGCACAUUGAUGGCAAAGGAGAAAGCUUCAGAGUUUGAUGUCAUGGCCUAUUCAUAGAGCUUGUGGUUAGUCACCAUGUUGAAGAUAUUAAAGGACGAAGUUGAACCAAAAUCAGGACGUUCAGCCGUUAGCCUUUCGCUCGUAUUACCCGUCCUCAUUCACUGCAUCACAUUUUCAGCAGAUUAUUGGUGUCAUGCUCAGGAUUCACAUUGCGUUUUGUUUGUCGUUGUGAUUUAAAAAAAAAAAAGAAAAACUUUCAGCCUUAAGAUUGCUAAGCGAUUUCUUUAGCAGUUAAAAUCCAGCAUGUUACUGUCCAGCGUGAGACGAGUCCUUGCAUUUCAGACUCUAGAUGAAGAUGCUCCUGACAGCCAUAUUCUGGUUUCCUUCAGAAACAUGAGUGAACUCUUUAAAGAUGCAGUGUUCACUCCAGCGGUGGAUGCAGAAGCUCUUUUACUCCGACUAGAGGUCAACUGCCUUAUGAGAAAGACUGAAAAAUGCUGUGAGUCUUUCUUCACACCAGUCUGAUGUUGAGUUUUGACAUAUUUCAUAUUGACCACAUGAGCUUAAGAGUUUGUUGUAGAUUUCAUGCUUGAAAUGGUUUGCAAAUGGUUAGCGUAGAGCAAAAUAUAUUGUUUUUUUGUUUUUGUCUUGUCAUUUUCUCCAGCAAACAGUGUUUAUAGAGAUGCUCAUAUUUGAAUGGAUGUUUUUUAUACUGCUUAGUUGCACUUAUGGUGUCUUGAUGGGUUUUGUUAAUUUCGUUCUAAAAGGAUGCCAACAUGUUUGAGACUGAGAUUUGUUUACCAGAAUGGAUUCGAAAUUGUCCCCAAGUUGAAAUGCUAAGCUAACGACUCAGUUCACAUAGUAAAAGUAAUCCGUAACAUAUUUUGUCUUGUAAUGUUGUGCCUGUGGUUUCUUUUCUGUCCUUUUGAAAUGACUUGCAGGGAAAGGAGCCUGUGUGUGUAUUCUGCUCAUCUGUUCUCGAGUGCUUCAGAUUUGUUGUCCAUGUUUGCCCCCUACUGGUGGAAUUUGAAAAGUAUUAACUUUGACUUUAAAAACAUGGACAUACUGAUAAUGAUUUAGUGUAAUGAAUAAUGUACAGCAGGUUUUGGGUGAUUAAGAAUGAAAAUAACAUGCACAUAUUAACAUAUUCCGUUUGUUUAUAUAUAAGGCCAAAUUGUGGCAUGAUGCACCCAGAAUGAUGUCUAGGAUGGGAUCAUUUUACUGAUUUUUUUUUUCUUUUUCUUUUGUUGUUGAAUUUGCGUUACAUAGAUGCCAAAUACACAUAGUUUUUGGGCAUUAUAAAAUUAUGGAUGAGAA